AUGCCUCCUGUAAUACAUGACAGUGAUGAUGAAGAAAGAUAUUCUGAGGCAGAUUCAUCGGCAAUAGCAUUAAACCAGGACGAAGAAGCUGGUGAGCAAUAUAAUAAUCUUAACUAUGCCAAAGAUCAGGACUCAGACUUAUCAUCAGUGUUGAGCGAUGACAACGACGGCGAUGACAAACAGGCUGGCGAUGAAGAAAAUGAGGAAGACGAAGACGAGGAUGAAGACGAAGCUGAAGAACAAGAAUCAAGUGAUGUAGAAGAAGCUGCAGACGAGAAAGCACCAGCAGAUGAUGAAGGUGAAGAAGAAGACGAAGAAGACGAAGGCGAUUUGGAAGACCUAGAUGAAGAAGAUGACGAAGAAGAGGAAGAAGAAGAAGAAGAAGAAGAGGAGGAAAUACCAAGCAUUAGUGAUGAAGAAGAUAAUUACAAAUUGGAGGAUCUCGAUGAGAUUGACGAUGACUUAGAAUUGAGGGAAGAAGAAGAAGAGGAAAUACCUAAGCUGGUAUCCCCAGCAAAGGUUGGCUCCAGAACAUCAAGCAGAUUAAAGCAAGAUGUAGUUCCAGCAACAACAAGAGAAACCAGGAAACGUCAAUUGACACUUUACGAUGAAGAAGAAGAAGAAGACGACUACGAAGAUGACUACGAAGAUGCGCCUAAAAGGCAGAAACCAACCAGAAAAUCCCGCCGUGGACCUGAGCCCGAAGUACAACCUCAAGAUCUUGACGAGGAUUUGAUACUAACUGAUGAAGAAGUCGAGUACAAUCCUCGUGCCAACCCAGACCUAUCCAAAAUGACAGAAAGACAAAGAUCCAGAUACAUGGAAGAAGAAGUCGACAAGAAAAAGGAGUUCCUUGAGUUGGACGAUAACAUGACUAAUACAAAGAAGGCCAGACCUAAGAAGACGGAAACAGAACAACAGAUCGCGCUUAAAAAGGCCGAGAGCGCCCGAAGAAGACAGGAUUACAAGAUGAAGGUUCUAGAAGAAGAAAAAAGGGACACAUUGAACAAGUUAUUGAAGAGAAGAGCUAACAAAACUAGAGAAACAGCUGAUAAAGAAGGUAGUGCAGAUGUAUUAAAACUGGCAUUAAAGCCUAGACGACCAACUUUGGAACAUCCAGCCUUCUUCAGGUGGGUUUCUAACACUACCACCCUUGAUGGGAACUCUGUCUUACGUUUCCCAGCCCCUAAUUAG